AUGCUGGAGACCUACUGGAACCUAACUACUAUAGGAUACUUUUGGGAAGACCUUAACACCAAAGAGCAUUGUAAAUGUUCUAGAAGACAUGCAAGGCAUAAGAGAACACACAGUGGAGAGAAACCCUAUGAAUAUGUUCAAGAUAAUAAAGACUUUCUGUAUGUAACUCAUCAAAGUCAUAAACGAAAACAUACUGGAGAGAAAACAUAUGAAUGUAAUCUGCAUGGUAAGUGUGGUAAAGACAUUACUCAAUGUACUGUUUUUCAAACACAUAAAAGAAUACAAACUGGAGAAAAACCAUAUGAAUAUAAUCAGUGUGGUAAGGCCUUUGCACGUCAUAUUCAUCUUCAAUUCCAUAAAAGAACACAUACUGGAGAGAAACGCUAUGAAUGUAAUCAGUGUGGUAAGGCCUUUGCAUGGCACAGUGGUCUUCAAAGACAUAAAAGAACACAUACUGGAGAGAAACCUUAUGAUUGUAAUCAGUGUGGUAAGGCCUUUACACGACAUAAUCAUCUUCAAAUGCAUAAAAGAACACAUACUGGAGAGAAACCCUAUGAUUGUAAUCAGUGUGGUAAGGCCUUUGCACGUCUAAGUCAACUUCAAAGGCAUAAAAGAACACAUACUGGAGAGAAACCCUAUGAAUGUAAUCAGUGUGGUAAGGCCUUUGCACGUCUAAGUCAACUUCAAAGGCAUAAAAGAACACAUACUGGAGAGAAACCCUAUGAAUGUAAUCAGUGUGGUAAGGCCUUUUCUCAAAACAGUGUUCUUCAAACACAUAAAAGAACACAUACUGGAGAGAAACGCUAUGAAUGUAACCAGUGUGGUAAGGCCUUUGCACAACACAGUCACCUUCAAAGCCAUAAAAGAACACAUACUGGCGAGAAACCCUAUGAAUGUAAUCAGUGUGGUAAGGCCUUUGCAUGGCACAGUGAUCUUCAAAGACAUAAAAGAACACAUACUGGAGAGAAACCUUAUGAUUGUAAUCAGUGUGGUAAGGCCUUUACACGACACAGUAAUCUUCAAGUGCAUAAAAGAACACAUACUGGAGAGAAACCCUAUGAAUGUAAUCAGUGUGGUAAGGCCUUUUCUCAAAACAGUGUUCUUCAAACACAUAAAAAAACACAUACUGGAGAGAAACCCUAUGAAUGUAAUCAGUGUGGUAAGGCCUUUUUUCAAAACAGUGUUCUUCAAACACAUAAAAGAACACAUACUGGAGAGAAACCCUAUGAUUGUAAUCAGUGUGGUAAGGCCUUUGCACGUCUCAGUCAUCUUCAAAGGCAUAAAAGAACACAUACUGGAGAGAAACCCUAUGAAUGUAAUCAGUGUGGUAAGGCCUUUGCACGACACAGUAAUCUUCAAGUGCAUAAAAGAACACAUACUGGAGAGAAACCCUAUGAAUGUAAUCACUGUGAUAAGGCCUUUGCAUGUCACAGUGAUCUUAAAAGGCAUAAAAGAACACACACUGGAGAGAAACCUCAUGAAUGUAAUCAGUGUGGUAAGGCCUUUGCACACCACAGUAAUUUUCAAAGCCAUAAAAGAACACAUACUUGA